GGACAAGAUCACGAAACAUCGCCUCAAUCUACACAGCUAAUCCUGCAUGAAGAACAACGGUUAUUAGUAAUACACGCGCAUGUUAAUAGAUUAGACUAAAAUAUAACGUUUUAAGUAUUUAUCUGAGUUAACGGAAGUGAACAGAAGACCUCAAUCAUCGACCAAACGGCAAGAAGAUGUCUGGAAAAGACAGGAUCGACGUAUUCCCCUCCAGAAUGGCUCAGACCAUCAUGAAGGCUCGGCUGAAAGGAGCGGAGACCGGCCGCAACCUGCUGAAGAAGAAAUCCGAUGCCCUCUCAAUGCGAUUUCGUCAAAUUCUUCGUAAAAUUAUUGAAACUAAGACCAAUAUGGGAGAGGUGAUGCGAGAGGCGGCCUUCUCUUUGGCUGAAGCCAAAUUCGCAGCUGGAGACUUCAGCACCACUGUAAUCCAGAAUGUCAACAAAGCUCAGGUGAAGGUCCGAGCCAAGAAAGAUAACGUUGCAGGUGUCACCCUUCCAGUUUUUGAGCACUACCAAGAAGGCGGGGACAGUUAUGAGCUGACUGGUCUGGCCAGAGGAGGAGAGCAGCUCUCCAGGUUGAAGAGGAACUAUGGCAGAGCUGUGGAGCUGCUGGUGGAGUUGGCCUCCUUACAGACAUCUUUCGUCACUCUGGAUGAAGCCAUCAAGAUUACCAACCGCCGUGUGAAUGCUAUUGAGCAUGUGAUUAUCCCCCGGAUCGAUCGCACCCUCACCUACAUCAUCACAGAGCUGGAUGAGAGAGAACGAGAGGAGUUCUACAGGCUGAAGAAGAUCCAAGAGAAGAAGAAGCAGCUCAGGGAAAAGACAGAACGUGAGAUCGCCGCCCGCCUGGCUAAACUGGGUCCCAUCGCAGAGCCCGCCAACAUGCUGACAGAGGAGACGGAUGAAGACCUGCUGUUCGAGUGAUGUGCUCCUCAGGCACCCUUCAACCUAUUUAUUUUGUGCCUCUCAGGCCAAGUCUGUGUCCUCUCAUGCAAGUGAUGAAAGUUGUUUUUUGUGUACUUGUCUGUGAUGAUUUGUUUUAUUGUUCUUCGGUGCUGGAAGGUACUGGUGCGUUUCCAGAUUUGUCACUGUACAGAACCAGAGUGUCUCACCGCACUUGGCUGUUCCCAACAAGGGAAGUCAAAAUAAUCUAAAUAAUCUAAAAGUGAAUAUUAUGUAUGUUAACACAUGGGGUUUUUGCGAGUUAAAUCUAAGAAGCAUUCCGUGUGAUCAAGUUGUAUAUAUUUCAAUUUCCUCACAACAUUUAGAGCCAUUUGCAUGCUGUAAAGCUAAAAGGUGGUUGUAGAAUUCAAAGAGUGUGUGAGUCUGUGUCGUGGAGGCCCCGUCCCCACUGCUGACCUCAUAUCUUGAGGUUGUCGUUACCUCAUUUGAGGAUGUUUACUGUUGCACCAGAACCUCCUGUGACCCCCCGCUGUAAAACGUGAUAUGCGAAUCAACAAAGUCCAACACUUCAUCCUAAUAAAGGUAUUCUCAACAUUCAAA